CGGAAACAGUUGUGAUGAAUACCGGAAAUUCCUUUUGUUGACGAUCCUGCUGUGUGUUGUUUUUCGGCCGCUUUUUUUUUCCUGUUUAGAAACUAUCCACCAGCUCCUCCUGACAGUUCUCUGCUCCUGAUCAUUUUUGAACCUCGGCCUCUCUAACAUCAGCGACGUCCCUCGCUUUGGUCUGGUCGGGUUCACACAGACGCGGAGUCCGGGUCUCUGUUGUCGUCGGGCCCGAGUCUGGGCUAACCUUAGCCUAGCAUUCCUCUGAAGACCUGCUAGCCGGCUGGUGUUAGCUCGGUUUCUUCUGUCCACGGAUCCACUCGUUCAAAGGAAGACUGUGAAACAGACACGCAGAAAACAUGGCGGUCGUCAACGAAGGAGCCCUGAAGAAAAUGCUGAAGCAAUACAAAUACAGAGAUCUGACUGUGCGCGAGAUAACCAAUGUCAUCUCCCAAUACAAGGAUCUGAAGCCAGUUAUGGAUGCUUACGUGUUUAAUGAUGGCUCCACAAGAGACCUGAUGAGCUUGACAGGAACUGUCCCAGUGAGUUACAGAGGCAAUGUCUACAACAUCCCGGUGUGUCUGUGGUUGCUAGACACAUACCCCUACAACCCCCCCAUAUGUUUUGUCAAACCUACCAGUGCCAUGAUGAUUAAAACUGGCAAACACAUCGAUGCCAAUGGCAAGAUCUACCUGCCUUAUCUACACGAGUGGAAGCACCCUCAGUCAGACCUGUAUGGUCUGAUUCAGGUGAUGAUUGUGGUGUUUGGAGAAGAGCCACCGGUGUUUUCUCGCCCCACCAAUCAAGCCCCCUACCAAGCCUUCCAAGCAGCUGGACCCCCUAACCCUUCCUACAUGCCUGGUAUGCCUGCAGUCUCAUCCUAUGGCCCAAAUCCCAACCCAGGAGGCUACCCAGGAUAUCAGUACCCAGGGGGUAACUCUUACCCAGCCACUGCUGGACCUGCACACUAUCCCACCCAGCCUCCAGUUUCCACAGUGGGCCCAAGCAGAGAUGGCACCAUCGGCGAAGACACCAUCCGUGCAUCUCUGAUUUCAGCUGUAAGUGACAAGCUUCGCUGGAGGAUGAAGGAGGAGAUGGACAGAGCUCAGGCGGAGCUGGACGCCCUGAAGCGGACAGAGGAGGACCUGAAGAAAGGACAUCAGAAACUGGAGGAGAUGGUCUCAAGACUUGACCAGGAAGUGACUGAAGUUGACCGGAAUAUUGAUCUGCUGAAGAGAAAGGACGAAGAGCUGAGUGAGGCCUUGGAGAAGAUGGAGAAUCAGUCAGAAAAUAAUGACAUCGAUGACGUCAUUGUUCCCACAGCUCCGCUGUACAAACAGAUCCUGAACUUGUAUGCUGAAGAAAAUGCAAUUGAGGACACUAUCUUCUACUUGGGAGAGGCUCUCCGCAGGGGCGUCAUAGACCUGGAGGUUUUUCUCAAGCAUGUACGCCUUCUGUCCAGGAAGCAGUUCCAGCUUCGUGCUCUCAUGCAAAAAGCCCGCAAGACUGCUGGCCUUAGUGACCUCUACUGACACACACCGACUACCUGGAAACAUUCAUAUUCUCAUGCUCUCUCUUACUCUCCUCUCUUCCUCCUCUGUUAUAUUCCCUUUUUUAAUGUUGAGUCAAACAGCUGCCCUCUUUUCAAUCUCUAUAACACCUGUUCUUGUGAGAGAGAAAUCUGAACAGCAACAACACAGAAUUGGACCGUCUUGUUUAGCACAGUGACAUUUCAAAUUGUGUGGGCCACAGUUCCAGUCAUUUGUAUUUUGAUCAGGCCAAAUACUUCUUUGAGAUCAUUAUGCAUUAACAGCCAACCUAUUUGCAAGACAUUAGAGCAUUACCUUUGUGUCCCAUAUUAAAUAAAAAAAAACAAGAACACUGUGACCACAUCAUGAAGCAGGUACUGCGCUUGAUACAAAAUCAUGCUCAACACACAUGCUAUAUUGGUAGAAGUGAGGUGUGAGUCUGUUCAGUGUUGGCAGUGUAACUGGGUUGAUGCACAGUGCAGUGUGUCGACUUGUGUAUGUUGCACUUUAGGAUCGCCCACAGGUUCUGUUAGCAGUCUCUUUGCCAGACAAAGUCAUUUGGCUAGUAAGCACAAAUUGUUAGAGGCUGGUAGAGAGGGGCUUUGUAGGGAGCCCUGUAUGUCCACGCCCUUCAUCAUGAAAAGGUUAGGCUCUGAUAUAAAUACCCAGGGCAACCUUUCAGGAAGGACAAAGGUCAGCUUCAGGAUCUAAUGACGUAUAAGGGUCUGGGUCAUGUUCAGUAACGAGUCAGUGAUCACUUUUCAUACAGUAAAGGUGACGAUGAAUAUGGACUUGAACUGUGUGUGUUUAUGGGCUAAAUUUUGAGCUCCUGUACCCACCUGUCCUCACUAAUGUUUGUUUUUCCCCUUGUGUGUGUGUGUGUGUGUUUCUCUUUACAUUGGUAUGAAUGAGAUUCUCUCAUUGUAUGUCAGUUGCUCAGGUGUACCCUUCAGUCUGGUUUAUUUUCUCUGUACAGUCUGUUUAAAGUUGGCAGUAGCCUCGACAUUAUUCUAAGGUAUUACAAAGGAAAUUCUCUUUUUUUUUUAUCUUUACUUUUCUGUUUUCUUUGUGCUGUCCACUCCAUUCUGCUGAGAGGUUUAGGUUUUCAGUAAUCAUAAGGAGAAAAGUUGUGAAUAAAGCCGGAGUGUACAAGGGUACAAAAAAAAUAAAGAACUAUUGUACUAAUCAAAAAGUUAACUUAUGUAAAGUUUGCAAACAGGUCUCAUUUAAAUUAGCCUUUUACUAAAUGCACUUUGAAUUGUAUGAUAGAAUAUCUACUGUUAUUUUUUUUUCUUGUUUCCAUUUCAACCAUAGACCACCUGUUCUUUUAUAUCUGUAGAUUUAUGUAAAUCAGUAAUAAUAAAAGACAUCUGAUUUAAA